AUGAGCUCAAGAGGCGAGGCAUGUUUUCAAUGCACGUGUGUUGGACCAUCAUUGAAUAGAAGUGGAAAUAUGUUACGAAGGCAAGCAAGACAACGCAGGGAGUACCUGUAUAGGAAGUCACUGGAGUCAAAAGAUCGCGUCAUCAGUGAAAGAAAACGAAAGCUCAAAGAUGCUCUAGAUGAGAACAAGCCGAUACCAACAGAAUUACGGAAAGAAGCCUUGAGUUUACAGAAAGCUCUGGCCUAUGACGACGAAGGUGGACAAGAGUUUAGCCACAUCGAUGAUGAGUAUAGAUGGGCCGGUGUGGAGGAUCCCAAGAUUAUGCUGACGACCUCAAGAGAUCCCAGCUCCAAGCUCAAACAGUUUGCCAAAGAAGUCAAGCUGAUUUUCCCCAAUGCCCAGCGGCUGAACCGCGGUAACUACGAUGUGAACCAGUUAGUACAGGCCUGCCGGGCCAAUGAGGUCACAGAUCUGUUGAUUAUUCAUGAACAUCGGGGAGUUCCAGACGCUUUGCAGGUGUGUCAUCUGCCGUACGGUCCGACAGCCUUCUUUACUCUGCUCAACACAGUCAUGAGACACGACAUUCCCAACAUAGGGACCAUGUCCGAAGCCUAUCCACACUUAAUAUUUCACAACUUCAAGUCCAAACUCGGAGAAAGAGUUAUGAACAUACUCAAGUAUUUGUUUCCAGUUCCAAAGGAAGACAGUAAAAGAGUCAUCACAUUUGCAAACCAAGAUGACGUGAUUUCCUUCAGACAUCACACCUAUAAGAAGACAGACCACAGAAACAUUGAGUUGUCAGAAGUGGGACCCAGAUUUGAAAUGAAAUUGUACGAGAUCCGGCUGGGAACCAUUGAAAAGGAAGAUCCAGGAGACACAGAGUGGGUGUCACGACCCUACAUGAACACGGCGAAGAAACGCAGACAUCUCACUGAUCAAUGACCGUACUGACUGCCCUCUAUCAUGUUUCAUCAUCACCCGACAGUCUUAGUUUAAAGCCCGGUUCAUAGUUCACGCGAAUGCUAAUGCGAAGCGAUUUUGACGUCAUGAAACAUUGACUGCGAAAUUCGCCCGAGUUGAAAUAUGUUUAACUUGUACGAAUUCGCAGUGCGAAUACUUGCCACGACGUCACAAAUUCGCGUUCGCUUUCGCGCCGAGUAUGAGCCGGGCUUCAGACUGGAUUUUGAUUUUUGUACCCCUCAUGCAGCUAGUCUCUGACAAGUGCGUUAAACAGCUGUGGCGGUAGAAUAUCUAUCAACAAGAUGAAUUGAUUCAGUCUUUGACCCAAGAAAAUUCAAGCAUAAAAUUGGAGAAAAAUUGAGUGCGUGCGAGGCACGCUUGGAAUUUUGUUUGUCCAGCAACCAAUUUCACAAUUGCGUAAGUCCACUUGUGCCGCAUUUAUUGCGUAUGUUGCGUCAGACUUCAGAUUUGACAAUUUCAGGAACUUUUCACAGUGCGUAAGUCUACGACUUGGGCAACAAAUCAGACUUGGUAGAAACCAAGGCCACAAUGCAAAAA